AUGGCGGGGGUCCACCGAGCGGAAGAAGCCGUGCACGGUGCCGAAAUGGAGGACGGGGUGAAGACGGCCAGUCGAAGGAACGAGGAGUACGAGGGGGCCACGUACCAGCAGGAAUACACAUCAAAUGUGCAGAACAACCAGGGGGAAGAAGCAACAGUUGCGGGUGAGUACCCAUAUGAAGGGAACUACGGUAGCAAUUUGAACAAGGAGCUGCUGCGCAAUGUGCCAAAUAAGAAAAAAAAAAACAAGUACGAAGGGAUGUAUAAUAAUAAGGGGAAGGGGGAGAAGGAGAAGAAGAACGCAGGAGAGAAGGAGAACACGCCGUAUUGCUCGUUUAACAAUUUCGAGGAGGGCGCAGGAGCGGAGGUGCACCCAAACGGGGGUGGAUUCACCAACCAGGGGCACGACGAGGAGGGGGGAGACAACCCAGGGGGGAGCGGCCAAACGGGUCGUAGCAACGCCCCCGAGCAGAGCAACGAUGAGCAGGAGGACGAAGCCCCGUUCAACCAGGAGAAGCUAAAAAAAAUGGACAAGAAGAAAAAAAAAAUGAUGGAGAGAGGAAAGAAUAAGAAGAAGAAGGAAAAUGUGGACGACAAGAAAUUCAGCGAAGUGUACAAUUCUAUAUACGAAAAUUUAAAAAAAAAAAAAGGAUCAAAGAAGAGUGGGGAGGAUCAUCACUAUGGGAAUAAGAGCGAUUUUUACGAAAUAAAUUAUGCGUCUUCUGAUCAGGUGAAUUCUACGUCUAGUGUAGAGGAGGACUCCCUUUUCAGCGACGACGUGUUGAAGAAGUACAUCAUAGGGCAGGUGCUGAACAUCAUUAGGACGUCUUUCCACUGGGCGAUCACUUCCUUUAUGCUAUUCACCCUAUUUGAGCACUUCUCCGUCUUUUACGUGUACCGCUUAGUCUCCUUUUUAACCCUCUUCCUGUUUACGCCCAUUUCGAUAUACCUAGUAAAAACGAGGAGCAUAAAAUUUUUCCUCAUAGCGACGAACACGGUUAGGCUGGUCGUGUGGGGCUUCUGCAUCCCCUUCCUGUAUAGCCUCUACCGAGAUGAAAUAAAAAAAUACUACGUGAAUCGCUUCUACGAGUUUGUUUUUACCCUCCUCUUGCUGAUUGAUAAUGUGCAAGUGAAUAUUUCCAAUCUGAUUGACAUAGACAAUAAUGGAAUUGACUUUCUUUCGAAGAAGUACCACUUGAAGGUUACCGAGAGAGCCAAAAGGAAGUUCCUCACGCUACAUCAGUUUUUUUUUGACGCAUCCUUCAUCGUGGUGAACCCGUUGAUUAUAUUUAUUAUGUACCUCUUUAGCAACUUCUUUAGUGAGCCCUACCUUAGGGACGUCUUCGUCUACCUCUCUUCGUUCAUCUUCGCUGUCAUUACGAUCAUCUCGUUGGCGGUGUACACGCUGGGGUUGGAGGAAGCCGAGAAGACGCUCAAGCGAAGUGGGGGCAAGCGCCACUCUGCGGGCCUGGAGUCGCAGGCCACGGCGGAGGACAGCGUAGAGGACCUGGUCGAAGCGGGCAACUACGAUGGCGGCGAACUGGACGACCCCGAUGAGGAUGACGUGGAUGAGGAGGAUGCGGAUGAAGAUGGAACCGCCACGAAGCGACGGGCGAACAGACGGGCGAACCGCCGAGCAAACAGAGAGGAAGACGAAAGGGAACAACACCGCGAUAACGAAGACGACUUUGGGAAGUACUACGCCAAGCACAGCCGUAAGGAGGAGAAACGAGUGACUUAUAAUACCUACCCAAACAUUUAUAACGACCAGACGAAGAAGUACCUGACGGAACGAUCUAACAUAGAGUAUGACGAUUACAACGGGUUCGAGCAGAUGUCCUUGAAGGGUCAAUAUAAGAAGCAAUUUUACGAACUGGUAGAUAACGUCCUUCGGAUUAAGAAUGAAAACACGCUGCUGUUUUAUAUAUGCUCCCUCUCCUUCCUUAACAGCGUGGAGGACAUUAUGAUCCUCAUGCUCAUCCCCCUGACCUCCAUCUACGUCUCCGAGUAUUUCUACAUCGGUAGCAUCUUCGUGCAGCUGCUCAUCGCCGUCAUCCUCAUUUCCCUCACCAAGUGCUUCGAGAACAUCUCCUACUACUCCAACAAGCGCAACAUCAUCGCGCUGAAGGACAUUUUCAUCGGAAUCGUCCUGUCCGGAGCCUCCCUCCUGUUCUUCUUCUUCCCCUUCCUGAUGAUCAACCACCUGAACAUCUACAGCUUUUUAAUUUUCUACAUCUUCUGCUGCCUCUUCUACUUCUUCUUCUCGACCAACCUGAAGACCACACUCUCCCUCAACCUGCAGAAGUACGUGCGGGAGUCCAAGUCAGACGUAUACAACUUCGUGGGUCUGUUCAUGUCCUUCGUGAACCUCCUGUUUGUCAUCCUGACGACCUUCUUCCUCUCGGUGAUGGAUAACUUCGUCGUCAACUACGUGAUGAUUUGCUUCUUCCUGAUCCUUUUGCUGGGCCUGCUCUACGCCUGGGCCACCGCCACGCUGAAGAAGGACUCCAGCUAGCUGCACGAAGUUGGUGUAGAAGCUGUUGAGGAGGCUGCUAAAGAAGCUGAAGGAUAAACUGCCAAACGAACUGCCAAACGGACUGCCAAACGAACUGCCAAACGAACUGCCAAACGGACUGCCAAACGAACUGCCAAACGAACUGCCAAACGAAUUGCCAAACGAAUUGCCAAACGAGCUGCCAAACGAGCUGCCAAACGAG